GCGGGGAGGAGGAGGGGGGGGAGAAGGGAAGAUGGCGGACGCGCCACCCGGCGUGGAUGUGCCCGAACUGGGCACCUGGAGCAUCGCCGAACUCCAAGCCAAGCUCAAUGAGAUCGGUUUCUCCCCACAAGGUAUUAACCCGCCGCCUGCCCGGACUGAAGGCGACCGACGCCGGCUCGGGCCCAGCGACGCCCGGAGCCUGGGGCUCGAGUUCCGGGUAGUCCGCUGCCCCGACCUCAGAAGAGUGCGUGAAGAUCUGAUCGAACGCCUGCAGAACUACAGUCUCCAGACUGGAUCGAUUCUGAACCGACCCGUGCGUAAGGAUGAGCUGGACAAGGGGCACCCCAUGCCACCAAUGCCCGGGCAGACACUUCCAGCUCCACUGGCCGAUGUCGUCACUCGCCGCCUUCGUCUCUUGCAGAUGGCCGGGAUGCAGAUGCCCCCCCGCUCCAUGGGCAUGUCCCGCAUCCCCCACCCGCCCGGCAUGCAGAUGGGCUUCCCCAUGGGGCUGCCACACGGGAUGGGCCCCCGCAUGCACAUGCCCUCCGUCGACCCGUCCGGCCUCUCCGAGGAAGAGAGGCUGAAGCUGGCACAGCAGCAGGCCGCCAUCCUCAUCCAGCAGGAGGAGAGAGCCAAGCAGGUAACGCAACCCUCCGGCUGGGCUGGGUGUUGUUUGCUGCCGUGCGAUUUUGUUCUAAUAGUGUUUUAUUUCUCUCUCUCUCUCUCUUCUCGUGACGUUCCCCGUGGACCAGGCAGCGGGCCCAUUCAGUUGUCCAUGUCCGUGGGCUUGCGUUCGGCACCGCAGGGGCUGACUGCCACGCUGGCCGGGCCAGGGCUGGGCCCACGCAUACGCGGACCACCCCCUCCCCCCGGAGAAGAGAACAGAGAGGGCGAUGAACUGGGACCCGGCCCCAGAAUCCCCCAGGUCCUUGAGAAGAUCCUUCAACUCAAGGAGCAGCGGCAGGUGGAGCAGACGGCAAUAUCGGAGGCUUCAGAUGAGGCUGAUUCAACGCUGGGAGCCACUCUGACACCGGCCGAUACUGAGGAUGAGGAGCUCGCCUCGUCGCUGUCGAAGAAAGAGAAAAACCGUAAACGCCGCAACAGGAAGAAGAAGAAGAAGGGGGUGCGGGGUGAGGAGAACGGGGUGAAGAAGAAGGCGGAGACGGUGGAAGCCAUGGACACCGACACCGACGUGGAGGUGGAGUACAUAACCGAGGAGCCCGAGGUGUUCGACGCCAACUUCAUCUACUUCAAGAGGAUCUUCGAGUCCUUCAGGCUGACGGAUGAUGUGAAGAAAGACAAGGACAAAGAGCCAGACAAAGCCGACAAGCUGGAGUCGGCUGUGGUGAUGAAGAAGAAAGGGUUUGAAACAGACCUGAAGGGGAGCAGUGAUGACGAUGAUGAUUUGGACAGUGAUGAUGAUGCGGUGAAGAAGGACGACCUCCCCAAGCUGUCAAAGAAGAAGAUGAGGAGACUGAAUCGCCUGAGUGUGGCUGAACUGAAGCAGCUGGUGGCCCGGCCGGACGUGGUGGAGAUGCACGACGUGACAGCGCACGACCCCAAGCUGCUCGUCCACCUCAAGGCCACCCGCAACUCGGUGCCCGUGCCCCGGCACUGGUGCUUCAAGCGCAAGUACCUGCAGGGCAAGCGUGGCAUCGAGAAGCCCCCCUUCGAGCUGCCUGAGUUUAUCCGCCGCACCGGCAUCCAGGAGAUGAGAGAGGCCCUGCAGGAGAAGGAGGAGCAGAAGACCAUGAAGACCAAGAUGAGGGAGAAGGUGCGGCCCAAAAUGGGCAAGAUUGACAUCGACUACCAGAAGCUGCACGAUGCCUUCUUCAAAUGGCAGACCAAGCCCAAACUGACCAUUCACGGGGACCUGUAUUAUGAGGGUAAAGAGUUUGAAACCCGUCUAAAGGAGAAGAAACCUGGAGACCUGUCCGAUGAGCUGAGACUGGCCCUUGGAAUGCCGGUGGGAGCUAAUUCGCACAAGGUCCCUCCGCCGUGGUUGAUUGCCAUGCAGAGAUACGGCCCACCGCCAUCCUACCCCAACCUCAAAAUCCCUGGUCUGAACUCGCCCAUCCCCGAGAGCUGUUCGUUCGGCUACCACGCCGGGGGCUGGGGGAAGCCUCCCGUUGAUGAGACUGGAAAACCCUUGUACGGAGACGUGUUUGGGACCAACUCCCUGGAAUUCCAGGCAAAGACUGAGGAAGAGGAGCUUGACCGCACGCCGUGGGGCGAACUGGAGCCGUCCGAUGAGGAAUCCUCGGAGGAGGAGGAGGACGAGGAUGAGAGUGACGAGGACAAGCCCGACGACACCGGCUUCAUCACCCCCGCCGACAGUGGCCUGAUCACUCCCGGCGGCUUCUCCUCCUCCGUCCCGGCCGGCAUGGAGACCCCCGAGCUCAUCGAGCUGAGGAAGAAGAAGAUCGAGGAGGCUAUGGACGGCGGUGAGACGCCACAGCUCUACAUCCCGGUGCCCGAGAAGAGGACAGCGACAGUGGGCGGCGCCAUGAUGGGAUCCACGCACAUCUACGACAUGUCGGCGGUGAUGAGCCGCAAGGGCGCGGCGCCCGAGACCCAGGGCAUCGAGGUGGCGCUGGCCCCCGAGGAGCUGGAGCUCGACCCCAUGGCCAUGACGCAGAAGUACGAGGAGCGGGUGCGCGAGCAGCAGGCCCAUGUGGAGAAGGAGGACUUCAGCGACAUGGUGGCUGAGCACGCCGCCAAGCAGAAGCAAAAGAAGAGGAAGGCCCAGCCUGCGGACACUGGCCCCGGCACCAAGAAAUACAAGGAGUUCAAGUUCUAGUCUGGGGCCGAGCGGCCCCUGUUUUACCCCCCUCCCCCCCCCCCCCCCAA